GCAGUGUUUCGAGAUUGCUGGGUGUCGUUAGUCUAGAAACUGGCACGGUACAUUUAUCUUCGUCUACAUGUCCUUUUGAGAGACAUUAACAGUGUUUAAUAGUUGAGUGUUUUACACUCAUAGCGACUGGUGAUCCAACUGGGGUAUCUUCUGUAGAAAUAUUGAUGGGCCACAAGGCGUAUUUGCAUGAUUUUACAGUGAAGUAUCUCUAAAGCAAAGCUACAUAACAGCGAUAUUCAUCGUUAGCUUCGUGCUCCACCAUUUUGACACCAAGUUUGUAACGAUGCAGCCAAACCAAGUGACAGCAAUGGCGCUGAUCUCUGGCAUCAUCUUUCUUACAUUCAUCUCAAUGGGCGGUGAAGCUUCCCUCUCUAGCCGACUUGGUUAUAAAAGAUCUUCGUUCCAAGAGGAGUCGUUAACAGAGGUUGAGCUUAAUGAAUGUGAAGAUAAAGGACAAUACAGAGCGGCGAACGGGCUUUGCUGCCACCUCUGUCCUCCAGGAAGCAAGUGGCUUUAUGACUGCUUUUACAAUGGCGACCAAUCUUUAUGCACACCUUGCAUGCCAGGGAAGGACUACAUGGACGAUGCACACCGUGAUCCUCAAUGCAAAAAGUGCAGCACCUGCAAUCUUCUCUAUGAAGAUGUUCAACAGGACUGUACUGUCACUAGUGACACUGUGUGUCAGUGUAAGGAUGGAUACAGUCGGGCUCAUCCUUCACAGCCUUGUGGGGUCACAUCAAACACAGAAAAAAACAUUACAAUUUCUGCUGUAAUUGGGAGCUUCAUUAUUUUGUUGGUGGCCUUAUUGAUUUAUCGGAAGAAGAAAUGCUUAUACCCCUUUGGUGAUUCUGGCAAAGGGACGGAGACUGUGGCACUUCUUAGUGUGAAAGUGCCCAAGGAUGUCCUUGAGGAGCCACGAAUGCUCAUCGAGAAGAGAAUGAAGUCCAGUAAUGCUGAGGUUUGGCGGCAGUUCCAUGAGUUGCUGCCAGAAUUGUAUAAAUCCAUCUCUGAAAACACAUUCUAUUUCUUGUACGAGAUGGAUAUAAAAUACAAGAUUAAUAUACACGUGUACUGUGGGGUUUAUGAAAUUACUGACAUCUCAGCACGUGCAAUCUUUAUACUCAAUUACGUUAUUCUUGAGGGUGAGGAGAAGUGCCAAGGGCUCCUGGAGAUGAUCCUUGCAGGACAGAAUAAGCAAACGCAGCUGCAGACCCUGCUUGACUCUGCCGUAAAAUGCUCUCCAACUCUUAAUCCAAACACUGCACAUGAAGAACUUAACAUCUCAGAUGAUGGGAAGACAGCGGAAUGGCUCAAGAGCCCUCCAGAAAAACCCGAUCACCCAGAUCGGUUCAAAUACUGGUCACAGGUGCUGUCUGCUGAGAGUUUCUCUGAAGGAUGCCACUUCUGGGUGGUGAAUGUGGGGGACGUGGACAACCUUCGUGUUGGUGUCUCUUACCAGAGUAUUCUACGUAAAGAACCAGACAGUGCAUGCCUGAUUGGAUUUAACAGCAGGUCCUGGUGUUUAUGGAAACACAAGAACAAAUACAACGCCUGGCACGACCAGCAUAGGACGGAGCUGGAAGUGGGUGAACAUCCUCGCAGAAUCGGUGUUGGCUUGGACUAUGAUAAACGGGUUCUGUUAUUUUACAAUGCUGACAACAAUAAGCAUCUACACACAUUUUAUGCUCACUUCUCUGAACCCCUGCAUGUUGCCCUAUGGGUGUGGUCUGGGGUCCUCACUAUUGAGCCUGUUAACAACGAUUAAAUUGGAUAUUGGUUUCAUAAUUUAUCCGUGGAGAAUAAUAAACAGGAUCAAAUUGCCAUGCAGCUCCUCUUAGUUAUUUUACAUGGAUAUCACAGGUAAUAUUGUUUUCUCUACCACAUGCACUGAUAACCUUUAUCUAAAGAAUUAAAGGUAAGAAAAGAUGUUACGUAAAAUAUACUUCUCCAAACGUAGUCAUUCGGUCUUCAGAUGUUUCAACAUCCAAAUAUUUUUUUUCCAAUUUUCUGAUUAUCAAAGACACCCAUGUAACCAUAAUGGACAAGCUGAGCCUUGCCAAACAGUUAAAUUUGCAUUAUAGGAAGGGGUACUAUUUGCAAUUUCCGAAUGGCACAAUGUUCUCUUGCUUUGGACUGUAAUUGGUCUGCAGCACAGUCCAUGGCUUUCCACAUAUAUGUGGAUAUCACAGAUAAUAUAAAAAUUUUCACCCAUCUGCUGGUCCACCCACCCUCUUAUAAUCAGCAAAAUUGCAGAUAAUAGAAACUGCCAAUUUGAAGGCACAAAUGACAAAUGUCUUAACUGCAUCGAUAAGACAGUUACAAAUAACAAUAGUUGUACUGUAUUUCCACAUUGUGCAAAUCAGUUGCACUGCACACCCACACAUCAGUGCCACUCUACACAACAUCGUUUCUGGGCCGAUUAACUUCCUGUGGAUCCCUUUCUCAUAUGCUGCGACAAGGCACAAUUUCCACAUUUUCCGUUGCAGAUGAACUCAGCAUAAUUUUCUACAUUGUGUCGUGUAGGCUUACACUGCAUGCAUACUUGAUUGGUGCAAAGUUAUAUUAAUGUGUCUGAGCCUUUGGUCUUGAAAGCAGCCCUGAAAAUUGCUGGCUCGUUGGUCAACUGUUAAGGCAUCCAUUCUCGAUCAGCAAUUGUUAUUGUAUAUAAAAUAUCUUACUUUUAUAUGGGAAUUAAGCAAUAUGUGUUACCAGUUUGUGAUUAUUAUUCAUAUAUUUGAAACACGAUAUAUGGGAAAGUAACCCCCAGAAAUAAUAUCUCAGUCUCUGAAACCUGACAUCAGGCCUUUGACUAUGAAUUAGUAGCAGUGACAGCAAGCACUAUGACCACUUGCUGACCCUGUCAGUUCCAUGGAUGGCUGGAGUGAAGUUGCCUUCACUACUGUAUAGCUGUUUAUUUUGUGAAUUAGUAUUAGAUAUGUAAUUAUAAAUGUAACGGGUCCAACCCAUUGUGCCUUACGAAUGAAGUGUGGUACAAGGGCUCGCUGAGUUAAGCGAUGAACAGAGAGAACCCGAUAGAGGGCGCAUUGGCGUCGGCAGAAGUGGACUCAGAUGCAUAAUCUUUAAGAGAGUUACAAGUGUUUUCCAUUACAGUUAGAAGCAUAGAGCUAAUACUUUUGUUAUAUCCACCUUUCAGGGGUGGAUAAAAAUGUAAUGAUUCUUUCAACGUGAAUUACUUAAUGAAGAUAACAUUUUAAGUUGUAAAUAUAGAAACCGCUGCAACACAGUCUUAUUUGUGCCUCGGGGAAGUCUCAGGGCGGCUGUUAAUGCGAUUAACUUCGCAUUUUAGCCACGCCGUUUGAAACCCAUUCAAGGCGGUGAAAAAGGCGCCCAUGGUUGUAAUUACUAUGUCACAACGUUAGGGUGCACUAUGCAAAUAGCAGGUCACGGCUUUUGGCAGUGUCAAAGGGGUUGUGGAGUGUGGACUUCAGGGUCAUGGUGACAACAUUUGAGUGCUUUGUUGUUUUGUUUCGUAUUUCAUGGGAAGGCUAAUAACAUGAUGAGGAUUUUCUUAAUUAGAACACCAGCUUUUCAGAGGUCACUCACAGCAGCCCCACCUAAUGAAAAUGUCACGACCCGCCACUGCUAUAAGUCAUCCACAGCACACACAUCCAGAGAGCUCUGUCCUCGAUAAUAUAUUUACGACUACACGACUAUCAAAUCAAUUUACAAUGUAAGUUAAUAGAAAAUACCUGAACGUAAUAUUGAGGGUUAAAUAUAUCAUAAUUCUGCAAGAUUCUGUAUACGCAAAUUGAUGGAUUGAUGGUUGCCAUAAAUAAACACUGGCUCAUAAAUUUGCGUGUCUGUGUCAUAUUCUCAUGUUGGCACAAACACUGCUAUAAACUCGUUCAUACUGCAGUGUGUCUCCCUGUAGCUAUCACCCUGGCUAAGUGAUUCCCGUUUUCCGCACUUUCUUGCAAUACCUUGAUAUGGGGUUAUAUUACUGAUGUCAUUCAUAUCUGCAAUAGUGGUGAACGGACUUCGCGUGCCUUGAUGCUUCCGUUUUAACGCAUAUUUCCUGCCAGUGUUACGUGAAUGGUGCAUGACUUAAAUGUUGUUUGCCUUGAAUGUGUUUGCUACUCCGUGUGUGCAAUGUUCAUCUGCUGUAUUUAUUUUUUUAUUCCACCAAGGUCCUCCACGCGUCAUGUAAAACAACUUAUGGCCGAAUGUUUCUUACUCAUGUCAACAAAUAAAAUCGAUUAAAUGAAAUCAUCACCAAUCUUU